AUGGCAGCCACGCGAACGUGCUUGGUCGCCCUCGUCGUGUCUCUCGGGUUUCUCUUCCUAGAGAGGCCCGCCACAGCGGCGGCGGAGACGACUGCCGGGAUGCCCGCGGAGUGGCGGCAGGAGGUGCAGAGCCUCCUGAGGCGUCUCAACAAGACUCCUCUCGCAACCAUCGAGAUUCCCAAUUAG